GAGGGAGAUGAGAGCUGGGCUCCGGCAGCCGUGUCAGCCAGGAGCUCAGGUACACGAAAGAGAAGCUGGGGGAAGAAUCCGUCUACACGUCCCAAAUGCUGAUCCAGACCCCGAAACAGGAAGGGGAGAACGUCCUCACCCAGGAGGCGCUGGAGCUGCACCUCGAGGUGGCGCUGGCGGCCAGCAAGGUGCAAGUCUCGUUGUAUGGAAAAUCCUGGGAUUUGAACAAAAUCUGCUACAAGUCCGGCGUCCCCAUCAUUGAGAACGGCAUGAUCGAGCGGAUGAUCGAGAAGCUUUUCCCCUGCGUGAUCCUGACCCCGCUGGACUGCUUCUGGGAUGGCGCCAAGCUGCAAGGAGGCUCCGCCUACCUCCCGGGGCGGCCGGACAUCCAGUGGACAAACCUGGACCCCGUGCAGCUGCUGGAGGAGCUAGGCCAGUUCACCUCGCUGGAGGGCUUCCGGGAGCUGCUGGACAAGGCGCAGGUGGGGCAGGCCUACGUGGAGCGGCCCUGCCUCAACCCCCGCGAGCCCGCGUGCCCCGCCAGCGCCCCCAACAGACUGAGCCAGCAGGACCCCGACAUCCCUGCCGAGCUGACGGGGGGCUGCCACGGCUUCUCCCGCAAAUUCAUGCACUGGCAAGAGGAGCUGAUCCUGGGGGGCACCACGAAGGACCCGCAGGGCAGGCUGCUGAGCGCUGAGGCCCUGCAGAGCAUGUUUCUGCUGAUGAGCCCGCGGCAGCUCUACGAGCACUUCAGGGACGACUACGAGAUCCAGGACAUCGGCUGGAGUGAGGAGAAGGCGGCUGCCAUCCUGGAGGCCUGGCAGAGGGAGUUUGUGGAGCUGGCACAGGACUGCCUCCCGCAGAACAGCUCCCAGCGUGUCCACGCCUUCUCCACCACCACGCUCAGCGACAUCCUGAAGUCCUUCUCGGACGUGAGCGCCAUCCGCGUGGCCGGGGGCUACCUCCUGAUGCUCGCGUACGCCUGCGUGACAAUGCUGCGCUGGGACUGCUCCAAAUCCCAGGGGGCCGUGGGCCUGGCCGGCGUCCUGCUGGUGGCCCUGUCCGUGGCGUCAGGACUCGGGCUCUGCUCGCUGCUGGGGAUCUCCUUCAACGCAGCCACCACCCAGGUGCUGCCAUUCCUGGCCCUGGGCAUUGGGGUGGACGAUAUGUUCCUCCUGGCUCACGCCUUCACCGAGACCAGCCAGCACGUCCCCUUCAAGGAGCGGACGGGAGAGUGCCUGAGACGCACGGGCACCAGUGUGGCCCUCACCUCGAUCAGCAACAUGAUCGCCUUCUUCAUGGCAGCCCUGGUGCCCAUCCCUGCCCUGCGCGCCUUCUCCCUGCAGGCUGCCGUGGUGGUGGUGUUUAACUUCGCCAUGGUGCUGCUCAUCUUCCCAGCCAUCCUGAGCCUGGACUUGCACCGACGCCAGGACCAGCGGCUCGAUGUCCUGUGCUGCUUCUACAGCCCGUGCUCCACCCGUGUCAUCCAGAUCCAGCCGCAGGAGUACGCCGACGCCAACGAGAACCACGCCUCCCACCCCUCGCCCUACGGGCACCCGGCUGUGGCCACCAGCACCCAGAUCACCACCACGGUGCAGGCCUUCACCCGCUGUGACCCCUCGGGCCGGCACGUUGUCACCAUCCUGCCGCCCACCGCCCAGGUCUGCACCGCGCCGCUGGCCCCUGCCGACCCGCUGGGCUCCCAGCUCUUUGCCCCGGCCAGCUCCACCCGCGACCUGCUGGCCCAGCUGGACGGGACCAAGGGGGGCCGGGAGUGCGUGCCGCUGCCCCUGUGCCGCUGGAAUCUGGCCGACUUCGCCAGGGAGAAGUACGCCCCCCUCCUGCUGCAAACCCAGACCAAGGGCAUCGUGGUGCUGCUGUUCCUGGCGUUGCUAGGCCUCAGCCUGUAUGGCAGCACGCUGGUGCACGACGGGCUGUACCUGACGGACAUCGUGCCGCGGGGCACCAAGGAGCACGCCUUCAUCGCCACCCAGUCCAAGUACUUCUCCUUCUACCACGUCUUCAUCGCCACCAAGGGCGGCUUCCACUACCCCAGCUCGCAGGAGGCGCUGUACGCCCUGCACCGGGCCCUGGGUGCCCUGCAGCACGUGGUGCGCGACCACACCCGCCAGCCGCCCAAGAUGUGGCUGCACUACUUCCAGGAUUGGCUGCGAGGCCUGCAGGCUGCCUUCGACAAGGAGUGGCAGGCCGGGCGCAUCACCCGCGACAGCUACCGGAAUGGCUCCGAGGACGGCGCGCUGGCCUACAAGCUGCUCAUUCAGACGGGCGACAAGAAGGAGCCAUUCAACUACAACCAGCUCACCACGCGCCGCCUGGUGGACGAGAACGGCAUCAUCCCCCCGGAGACCUUCUACAUCUGCCUGACCGUGUGGGUGAGCAACGACCCGCUGGGCGUCGCCGCCUCCCACGCCAACUUCUACCCCCCGCCGCCCGAGUGGAUCCACGACAAGUACGAUGCCACCGGCGAGAACCUGCGAAUCCCCGCAGCCCAGCCCCUGGAGUUCGCCCAGUUCCCCUUCUACCUGAGUGGCCUGCGCCAGACCGCGGACUUCGUGGAGGCCAUCGAGAGCGUGCGGGCCGUGUGCGAGGAGGCGGCCCGGGAGCGGGGCGUGGCCAGCUACCCCAGCGGCUACCCCUUCCUCUUCUGGGAGCAGUACAUCGGCCUGCGCCACUGGUUCCUGCUGGCCGUCAGCAUCGUGCUGGCCUGCACCUUCCUGGUGUGCGCCGUGCUGCUGCUCAACCCCUGGACCGCCGGCAUCAUCGUGGCCGUGCUGGCCAUGAUGACGGUGGAGCUCUUCGGGAUGAUGGGGUUGAUGGGCAUCAAGCUGAGCGCCAUCCCGGCCGUGAUCCUCAUCGCCUCGGUGGGCAUCGGCGUCGAGUUCACCGUCCACGUGGCCCUGGGGUUCCUGACGGCCAUGGGCAGCCGGACGCUGCGCUCGGCCCUGGCCCUGGAGCACACGUUGGCACCCGUGCUGGACGGGGCGCUCUCCACGCUGCUGGGCCUUCUCAUGCUGGCCGGCUCCGAGUUCGACUUCAUCCUGAGGUAUUUCUUUGCCGUGCUCACCGUCCUGACUGUCUUGGGCCUCCUGAACGGCCUGGUGCUGCUGCCCGUCCUGCUGUCGGUAAUCGGGCCCCCGGCCGAGGUCAUCCCGGCGGAUAAUGGCAGCCGCCUGCCGUCACCAGAGCCCAUCCCCCCACCCAUCAGCCAUCACGGCUUCUACAUGCGGCCGCCCCCGGCCUGGCCCGGCGCCUUUGCGGACUCCCUGGACUCGGAGUACUACUCGGAGAGCACCGCGGGCUCGGGGCUGACCCACCCCCAGCCCUACGACCCCGGCGCCUACAUCCUGCCGCCCGCCCCGGCCCGGGUCCUGGUGGAGGCCAGCAAGAAUCCCAGCUUCCCCACCAUCACGGUGGUGAAAACCUACCAGGAGAACCAGGAGCCGCCAGGGAAGAAGGAGCCACCGAGCACCAACCAGACCCAGUCCCUGGCUGCCGGCGACUCCCUCCCAUCGGCCGGCCCGGAUCUCAGGGACUUGCCUCAGCACAGACUGCCCCGGCCUGGCCCCCCCGGCGCCAGGACUGCCCCCCACCGAGCCCCCCGGCCCCUGCGGACUGCCCUCCCCGCCUACAGCGGCAGCUACACCACGGUGACGGCCACGGCCUCCGUGACGCUGGCCCUGCACCCGCCCCUGCCGGGCUCCUUGCAGGGUUACACACAUGACAGCUACGAGGACAGCGAGUCCGACUGCCCGGAGGAGCCCGGCCCGCCCGCCUGCAGUGCCCCCGGCUCGGCCGCGCCCAAGACCCUUGCGCUCCACCACCCGGGACGGGCAGAUGGCUCUGCAAGGCCCUAGGUUGCCCCGGGAAGCGCCGUGGUUCCUAGCCGACGCCUGCCGUGUCCCCGGAACCAGCUCCCGUGCCCAGGGAGCGGGCAGAGCGGAGAAGAAACGCUGCGAGCACUGGCACCCUUGCGUGGACGCCAGCUGAACACUGAGCUGCAGCGAGCUGUUGGACUGGUGACCUGCGCCAGGUGCUGCCAGCAGGGGCAGUGCCCACGGGCGGGGGCAGGAACUGCUGCCACCCCUGCAUUGUGCUGCUAUUCCCCAAUGAUUAAUUAUUUUAUUUUUAUUGCUCUGUGCUGGGACAGAGAUCUGCCCUGACCCCGCCUGGCAGCGCCCCCUGACCCCGCAGCAGAAGACGGCUGGGCUGGGCUGGCGGGGGCUGCUGCCCCCGGGGGCGAACAGCUGGGCCUUUUGGUGAAGCACUGCGUCAAGGUUUCUAUGCAAGGUGUGUGUGAACAGGCUGGCCGGGGGAAACCCCCAGGGGCUGCCGAGACACCCUCUGCCCCCCAGCCUGGCCUGGGGUCUCGGUUUGUAUUCCCCCUCCCCCCCCCAGUUUUCCCUCCCCCUCCCAGAGCAGGUGUCUUUUCUGCGCCCUAGGAACUGCAGCACGAACGACGGCCCCUUGGCACUUCGGGGGCAGCUGCGGGCUGGAGGAACGGCCUGGGGAGCCUUGGCAAAGGAGCUAGAAACACCCCCCCCCGGUGUGCCCCUCAGCCAGUCCCUCUCCCCAUGGACCCCAGCUGUCCCCUACUCCGUGUGCCCAGGUCAGGUCUCUGCCCAAGCGGGUAUCCUGGAGCUCUGCACCCUCCACUGGCGUAUGGCGGGCGGGGGGCUCAGCGGAUCCCUUGGGCAGGAGCCAGGGCCAAACCCUGCCACCCCGCCCCCAGCACCAAGUCGUGGGGCUCCCGGGAGACCAGCUGUGUCUGGGGAGGGGCCCAGCAACCCCCCCGCAGGGGGAUGAGAUGCCAGCCCCAGUGAAGAUGGGAGGGUCGGGGGGCUGAGCUCUGGCCCAGGGGGCGCCCUGGACUCACGCGAGGGGCUGGAAGGGGGGGCCAUGUGCCCCCACCCUGGGAGACUGGCACGGUCCCGACCCUAGUCACUGAGAAGGGAAACUCACGCUUGAGGGGAAGGACGUUUUCUCACUUUAACACCUAAAGCCUGAUACCAGCAGGGCCCAGAUCCAGCGAGGCCUAGCGGCUAGAGCGCUGGCCCGGGCCUCAGGACCCCUGGCUUCUCCUCCCUGCUCCUUGGGAAAAAAGCCCUCCCUGCCUCAGUUUCCCCAUGGGGACAAUGCUACCCAUCCUCCUUUGUAAACGGCUGUGAGACCGAACUGUGAGGCUCCUCCAGUGCGUUUGAUGGGCGGGGGGGGGAGGGUGUGUCCUGCCAGGAAGGGGGUCAGGGAAAGGAGGGGAUCUGGGGCAAAUUGGAGGGGGAUGUGCCUCCCCAUACAGGCCCGUCCAAGGCCUAGGUACCCUUUAUGUCUCUCUUACGCCCUUUAUGGGGUGCCUUGGUCUGGAUGCUGCCUGACAGACAUUGAUUGGCGGGGGAGGGGUGUAUUCCAAAUAGCCCCCCUGCCCUCGUGUGGUCACACAACUCCCCUGCAUGACCCCACACCCACACCCACCUGUGCUGCUGCAGCCAGAUCAGGGAGCCUUUGAGAAACAGGACCCUGCCCUGCCCCCUAGGCUGGGCUUCCCCCCCAGCCGGCCGGGACCCGAUCCUGCAGCCGGGGCCGCUCGCCGGAGGCAGGCAGGGAUCAGUUGGGCUCCUGGGGGGUCUGCUGUGGAGUCACUGGCGCUUGCCUCUCCGUUCCCUGGCACUUUAACCCGCCCCCCCCCAGCCCAGGGUCCCCAUCAGCCCCCGCCUGGGGCUUUCUUUUGGGUUCCUUGCCCAGGGCGGUGAUGGGGGACCCCGUUCUCAGCGAUUGGUCCCUCCUGGGCCAGCGGGUGGGCUGGUCAGUACCGCGUGGGGCCGGGGUGCCCACUGCCCCGAGCCGCCAAGCGGCAGCCUGCCCCCGGCGCCCCCGAGACAAGCAGGGCCCCAGCCCGGCCAUGCCAUAUAAAUUAUUUAUAUUACAAAGAAGAAAGGUUUAUUUUUGUAGUUUGUACAGGCCCUUAGCCGGGGGCUGGAAGGUUUAUUUUUAAAGAGUAAAAUAUAUAUUGUCUAUCCCGGA